GAGAACUUUGUCUCUAUGAUUGAGGAAAAGAAGGUCAAGGAAUGUGAAAAGAGUAUUGAGAGGGGUUGAGGUAAGACUGAAUUGGACUGUGAGCCUUUCAUGAACUUCUCACAGAACAGGAGCAUGAGGAAGCAGAGUGGUGAUGAAAACCCACAGCUCAAUCUAUCACGAUAUGGUUAACUUAAAGAACUUCCAUGGUUUCCUGAACAGGAUUUUUAUCACUCAGAUUUCUUGGCCUCAUUUCUGACCUCCUAGGUCAGAACCUCUGAGCUGGAACCAGUGAAACAGUAUUUCAACUCAGCUCUCUCUUGCUUCUUCUCUUGUCGUGUGAUCUCUGCACAGCCAGUUCCUCUUCAUCUUUCACCAUGAGUGGAAGCAGCCUGAGGGCCUCACCAGAAACCGAACCUUGAACCUUCCAGCCAGAAGAACUGUGAGCUAAAUAAACCUCUAUUUUUUUGUAAAUUACCCAGCCUCAAGUAUGCCUUUACAGCAGUACUAAAUAGGGAUACAGUCAUACAAGAGGUAUAUUUAUAUAAUUGUGAGGGACUAAAUUUAUAAUACAAAAAAAAUUUGUAUUUUCCAUAUUACUACCUGCCAUUCCCCAAUUGUAAUAGAAGAUUAUUUUAUUUUUAGGUUGUUCAAGAAGACUUUGAGUUUUCUAAAAUACAAAAGAUCUAAUUUUAUCAAUUUAACCUUAACAUCUAUUUCUUUUCCUCCAAAUUAGGACAAGUUUUCUGACUAAGAAGAUUUGGAGCAUGAAGUUAAAUGCCUAUCUCAAGGGAUUCUUGUGAAAAUUAGAUGAAAUAAUAUACAUGAAAUAUCAGGAAGAGAGGUGAGUACUAUUCUGAACUCUCCUUACUGACAAGUUCGCUUGGUAAGUGGGUUAUUUGGUCACGUAUGUCAUUGUUAUAAUGGGUAGUGUUGUAUGGUUAUUUGACUCCAAAUAAUCUUAUUUUAUCCUUUUAAACCAAAUAAACUACUUAUAUCCACAAAGUCUACUAAACAUUCUGACAUUUUCCUAAUUUCAUAAAAGGAUCAUGGAAUGCUAGAGAUUACAAAAUAUUUUUUUGCUUCUUUCCCUCUAUAUAACCUCUAUAUCCUGAAGUAAAUAUACUAAGAUUUACUUUAGUCUCCACAGCCCUAUGAUAAUGUUCUCUAUGUAACUUUGAAUUAAGUACAAAGCUGUUUAUCAUUUUGAAUACUGCCUUUAAUGUAAUAUAUUCUAAUAUUACAUUAUACAAUGCACAAAUGUAUACUAAUGACAUACGCUUUUAAACUUUUUCUGCUGUGGACAAAGAAAAAACAUAGCUAUGAUUACUACAGUUUUAAAAAGCAAUUGUAUAAUGGUAGAGAUUUUGCUGAGUAACAGUCUAUUUAUUCAUGAAAAUUGUUUAAUUUGAGCUGUAUUUUAAGAAAUGUUUUGGAAUUUACUGUUUGUUACAGUUCUCACUGGAUUUCUCUUAAAUUAAAUGAAAAGGAAAAGAAAGCCUGCAAUCUGAACUUCAUUUUUCAAUUCCUAGAAUAUUCUGGAAAAACAUAUGCAUAUACUUUAAAAAAGUAUUCUGAAAGGAAGAGAAAAAUUCUUGAAGCCUUCUCUGAACUAUUUUUUUCUUACUUCCUUUCUUACAGGUAUCCAUUUUUCAGCUAUAUUAAUCUUUUAAAACAUAAAAAAUGGAGUUCUUAAACUCAUCCGAUCAAAACUUGACCUCAGAGGAACUGUUAAACAAAAUGCUACCCAAAAUUCUGGUGUCCCUCACGCUCUCUGGGCUGGCACUGAUGACAACCACCAUCAACUCCCUUGUGAUUGCUGCAAUUAUUGUGACCCGGAAGCUGCACCACCCGGCCAACUAUUUAAUUUGUUCCCUUGCCGUCACAGAUUUUCUUGUAGCUGUCCUGGUGAUGCCCUUUAGCAUUGUGUAUAUUGUGAGAGAGAGCUGGAUUAUGGGGCAAGUGGUCUGUGACAUUUGGCUGAGUGUGGAUAUUACCUGCUGCACAUGCUCCAUCUUGCAUCUCUCAGCUAUAGCUUUGGACCGGUACAGGGCAAUCACAGAUGCCGUUGAGUAUGCCAGGAAAAGGACCCCCAAGCAUGCCGGCAUUAUGAUUACGGUAGUUUGGAUUAUAUCUGUUUUUAUCUCUAUGCCUCCUCUAUUUUGGAGGCACCAAGGAACUAGCCAAGAUGAUGAAUGCAUCAUCAAGCACGACCACAUUGUUUCCACUAUUUACUCAACAUUUGGAGCUUUCUACAUCCCAUUAGCAUUGAUUUUGAUCCUCUACUACAAAAUAUACAGGGCAGCAAAGACAUUAUACCACAAGAGACAAGCAAGUAGGAUUGCAAAAGAGGAGCUGAAUGGCCAAGUCCUUUUGGAGAGUGGUGAGAAAAGCACUAGACUGGUCUCCACAUCCUAUGUGCUAGAAAAGUCUUUAUCUGAUCCAUCAACAGACAUUGAUAGAAUUCAUAACACAGUGAAAAGUCCCAGGUCUGAAUUCAAGCAUGAGAAAUCUUGGAGAAGGCAAAGGAUCUCAGGCACAAGAGAACGCAAAGCAGCCACCACCCUGGGAUUAAUCUUAGGUGCAUUUGUAAUAUGUUGGCUUCCUUUUUUUGUAAAAGAGUUGGUUGUUAAUGUCUGUGAAAAAUGUAAAAUUUCUGAAGAAAUGUCAAAUUUUUUGACAUGGCUUGGAUAUCUCAAUUCCCUUAUAAAUCCACUGAUUUAUACAAUCUUUAAUGAAGACUUCAAAAAAGCAUUUCAAAAACUUGUGCGAUGUCGAUGCUAGUUUAAAGAAAAUUUAUUAUUAAAGGGUGGGUUUUUCGGGGGAGGGAAGUAAUUACAUGAAGGCUAAAUAAUAAAACAGUUAAACUUUUAGAGGAAAAUAUAUUACAACUGCUAAAAUGAUAAGAAUAUAAUUUAUAUUUUAACAGCAACACAAAUACAAAAUUUAUUGAUUUGAUCAUUAUACUAGAGUACUCAAAAUUAGAAAAUAAUUUAUGCAGGUUAUAAACAAUAGUUUGCCUAUGCAAUAUUCCUAAAAAGCUAACUAAAAAAAGAUAUAUGUAUAAUAUUAGUGACAGUGACUUUUUUAGGUCCAUGUCUUACAACAAUUAUAGGGAAGUUUUCAAUUAACAACAUACCUUCAUCCAUAAUUCCUAUAUAAUCCUAUUGUUUUAUUACACAAUUGUUACUUUCUAGAAAAGAUAUAAUUCAUCACAAAGCACACAUCUCUCCUAUCUAGCCAUUCUUGCCCCUUCUCCAUCUUACCCGUAGUGAAAGGGGAGGGGGGCAUCAACUCUUAUUUAGCAUGUCUGGAAGAAAUGUAAAGUCAGAGAUUGAUAUUGCCUUUGUAUUUAGGUAGUAAAGAGUAAUCAUAAAGUGGAUUAGGUAUGGCAAAAUAAUUCUGGAGGAAUUCCUUCCUCCAAGAGGAAUUCCAAAAUAAUUCCAGUAGAACUUGUGCAUAUUUAAUAUACUCUGUUUAAUAUAAAUUUCUGGAAGACUAUUAUCUUAACCAUAUCUUAUCAACAUUUGAAAUCAAAGGGGUGGGGUGGGUUGGAAGUUGUUAUGACUGCCCCUUGUUUAUUUAGGAAUCAAAUUUAAGGUACCAAAUAUCCUAGGUUACUUACCAUAGUUGUUAUACUCCUAAUAUCUUUUUAAAAAUGUAAAGUACAUUUCAUUUCUGUUAAUAUUAAUAAGCUCAGUUACUGUCUGUGGUACUUUGCACUUUAGCAUCUCCAUACUUUUCAUCUGAACACUAUUUCCCUUUUAUUAUACACAAUGUAAUAGGAACUUUUAGAACUUUCUAUUGACUUUAAAAAAUCUCUAGUUUUCCAAUAGGUAGAAAUGAACAGGCAAAGACUCACGUUGCACUAAUUAUAUAUGUAUAUAUAUCAUAUUAUAUAUCACAAUUAGUCACUGUAUUAGUUCAGUGAGCCAAGACAAUUCCAUCAGUGUUUCUUCCAUAUUUAUAUAGAGAUUUGAAAACAAUGGAACCAUGCUUUUGAGAAGAUUUUAUUUUAUUUGAACCAGCAAGAUAAUAGACUACCUUUGGGAAGGGUUAUCAUCAACCAAAAUCAUAUGAAAAACAAUAUAUACCUUUUUUUUAAGUUGUGCCUUUAAGUUAUAUAUAUUGUAAAUAUUCUUUCCUGUUUGGGGUGCAUAAGAGCGCAUUAUAGCAAUUCUUUAUUAAUAUAUAACUGUAACACAUUACUCUUAACCUAAUAAAUAUUUACAUUUUAUACAAGACAUUGAGAUAUGUACUAGAUAGAAGAUUCAGGAAAUAAUAAAGUACAGUUUCUUCCCUUAAUAUGUUUGCAAUCUAAAAGGAAAAACAAGAAAAAAAUGAAAACUGUAAUAGAAAAGAACAAACAAAGACCUGGCAGGAAGUGGUUUACACAGUAACAAUGGUACAGAGGCAAAAUUGAUCACAUCUGAUUGAGAAAAAUCAGAAAAAUUUUAUAAAGAAUGUAUCUAAAUCAGGUGUCAAAUAAACAACAUUUGUACAUAGAAAGGAAAGAACAUACUCCAGGUAGUGUCAACCUCAGGAAUACAGACCACAUCAUGCAAAUAUUUGGUGAGGAAUGCUCAUGAAAUGCCAGUGAAUUUGCCAACUAUUUAAAACAAUAGAGGAAAAGGAGAUUAAAAUAAAAAUUGGGCAUUGUUGUGGCUAAAUUUCAAUGUCAGAAAAAGAAGUCUUCAGUUUUAUUGCUGUCAGCGAAUGGUUACUGAUUUUUUUAGCAGAAAUAUUACAAGUUUAGAGCAAAUCUAAAAAAAAAUUAUCUGACAUCUGACUGGAUUUCAGUAGAGAGAGUAGUGGAGAUGACUUAUUGUUAGACAGCAAAUCAAUAAGCCAGACAAGAGAUGAUGACGCCCUGAACUUGAUUCUGGCAAUGGGACUAAAAAGGAAGAAACAGAUGAGCGAUGGUGUGAAAAGGUAGAAUUUACAGUUUACAGCAAAUUCUUUAAGAGUCAGUCAGAGGGAAAGACAUGAGUCACUGAGAUAAUGUCCUUAACUGAAAGGAGGAACUCACCAGAAAGGGCCUAUUGGUGAAAUGAUUACUUCUUUUUGGAGUAGGUUAACCACAUAAAGACUUGUCAGAGCUCAUAGGCCCUAAUGACCAUGUCUGGCCUAAGCAAAACUGACAGGUGGAUGAGGUUUCUCUAUGACCUCAAAACUGACAGGCCAAUGAGGCCCCCAGCCACUUCUUCUGUCCUUGGUUCACUUCAUCUUUCAGGGCUCUUGUGCUGUGUUGACAGUCAAAGCCUGCUAUAGAGCCUCUAUCAUUCUCUGCUUCCUUCCCCUACCCUGUCUCACGUACCAAAGUUUGAUCCUGUGAUUUAUUAAUUCAAAGACCUUGCUAAAGUUAAAAUAAUCUGUUAAAUUAGUUUGUUUACACUCAUCUCAGAAAUUUAUAUACCUAUAUAUUGGGAAACUCUAAGUCACACAGCCCAUCAACAAUCCAAGCGGAGUAAGGUUCACCUAAACACAGAUAACUACUCUCUGAUCUGAGUUGGGAUGAAGCUCAAAUCUAGUAGAAUACCAUAAGUGAAGGGUUUAUUUUUGUUCUACUUGUCUAAAUCUUUUCCAGUGAAAGAUGUUUGAAAGGCCAGGACAAGGAACCAAAUAAAGACAGGAAGUCAAACCACCAGAUACUAAAUUCAGUAAUUCAGUACAGUAGUCUAUAAUUAGAUAUAGCUGUAUAUAAACUGUGCUUAAAAAUAUACUUCUGCUUGAGAAACAUGGUCUUUAUUGUAGGACCAGUUUAAGAAUAUAGAUUUCCUAGGUUAAUAGGAUUCGGGUUUUUGUUUUUGUUUUGUUUUGUUUUGUUUUAUAAUGACCCACAGGGUCAAAUCCAUAACAGCUUAGCCAGGUACUGGCAGUUGCUGGGUCCAUUCUUAAGUAGGACCAAUUUCCAUUUUUAAUCUCCAAAACAAAUCUUCCUUUCCCUUUUCUGACAACUUUGAUUCCCUACCUACCCACUCCAAACUUGCCUAAGAGUUACAUGUUCCCUACUCAUAUCAGUUAUGUUAGUUUCAAAUUUAAAAAUUCCUUUAGCAAAGCAUAAUCCACAUAUUCACUGGCUCAAUGUUAAGCUUCUCUCUCUGUUUCCAAGAGUUUUUUGUCAAAAAUAAGUGGAGAAUUAGCCAGAAGCCAAUUACUAGUAAAUAAAUACGUUGAUUUGCUCCACCAAAUAUCUUGAAAGUGGGGAUGAUCAUAAGUUUAUUGCUGAAAUCCAUUCCUUUACUUCAAGGAAGAAAUUAUUUUCUCAGGAAUUUAUACAAGACUAUUUUUAACUUAUAGGUCAGAGAAUUAGGUUUACUGUAUUGCAGUACAAAGGAAGCAUGAAAGAUUUUUCCUUACCAUAUCACAAAAUCCUUCAAAAAUAAUCCUGCUUAAUUCAAAAAGUGUCCAUAUCAAAGUAAUUUGUUUCAGAAAAUGUGUUUCUAAAAUCUUUCUAAUAACUAAAAUGAUUCUAUGCAGACCUUUGUUUUGCUAGAAAGUAUUUCUGAAAGCAAAUUAAUAUUUUUUAUGAAUAAAUAUUUUCUUAUGAUAUUAUGAUAAAUUUUCUUGGGCUUUUGAAUCAAUAUGAUGACUCUAAUUAUUUAAAAUAAGAAAUUUAUUAAGAGAAAUGUCCAACAUUUUAAUAAAUGUUGGGCUAUUGAUAUAGACUAUCUUCUCUGUGCAAAACGUGGUACACUUCAAAUUCACCACAGAAGGAUAGAAUUUUUUCAGAGAAUUUACGUUUUCUGAUUAGACCAGAAAUCUUAAAACUUCUAUUUGAGGAAAAAAAUAUGAUGUUAUUUUUAUAACAGUAACAACAAUAAAUCUUGUCAAAGCAACUGUCCAUCAAAGUUUGUGUUCAGUCACAGUUCUAAUUUUUACCAUGGAGAGUUUCUACCUUUACAAGGACACUAAAAUGAACUUACUAGUUUAUGUAGAUGUAGCAAAGCUUCCUAUGCUCCACAACAUCUUUUCAUUAUAUUUUCUUAAUAUUCCUCAACUAUAUUUAAAUAACAUUCAUGACUAAAAGUUAUACUUAUUAUGUAUGUUGUAUCAUUUUUAAUUAUUAUACAAUUAUAUUAUAUGGCUGGAUCUGCUGCCUUGUGGUUUCCCCCACUCCAACCCAAUUAAUAAAGGAAAAAUUUACUCCCCCCACUUCCCCCCCACACACACAGAUACAUAUUGACCAUUUUUUCUUUGUGUUAGUUGGCUUGGCUAGAAUUUGCAUCUAUCUAUAACCAUAGUAGAAUGUGUGUGUGUAUGUGAGAGAGAGAGAGAGAGUGUCAUUUUGCAAAACAAGUUCAUGUUAAGGAUAACUGAACUGGAAAAAAAAUUGACCUCCUUAGCAUAGCACACUGUUCAAGAUGAAAGAAGAGUAGGAGGGAGGCGAGUUUGCAACAGGAAGGAGAAGGAUUUCAGAUUUUAAAAAGCAAUGUGCGUAAGAAUCAACUGUGAUGCGCGUAACAAAGGCAAACUUCAAAGAUCUCAGUCGGUGAGUUCCCAGUGGAGUCCAAGAAUCUGAGUCUUUACCUAGGAUCACAGGUUACUCUAAAGAAGGUGAAGCUUGGAGCUUUAGUUCUAGAGACCACUGCGUUAAAGUUCCUAGUUAGUUGUUUUGUGGGACUAUAGUUAUGAAAUAGUGAAAAUGAGACUUCACCACUAUUUAAUCUAUUUAAUAGAUUCUCACUCAGAAUCCAGAAAAAUACUUUGCUACUACUACAUGAAAAGCACCUAAUGGGCAAAACUGAAGUGAAACAAAAGUAAAAAUCACAUCAACAUUGCUUAAGUGGAUUGUAAAACAUUCAGCUUAUUAAAAAAGCUACUGAAUCUAUUUUCAAUGAGCAUAUUGUUUAUAUUUUGGGGGCAAGGAAUAAAAGUUUUUCAUUACAUAUAAAGCAGCAGUUUAGAGGAAUAGAUUGGAAAUCAGAAAAGGCUAAAUUUGAAUCCUGUUCUACUAAUCAAUAACUUGAUUCUGAGCAAGUUUCAUUUAUCCUGCUUUUCUUGACUAUAGUUGAAAGACUAAGGAGAGAGAUAAAUCAAAUGCUCUUGAAAAACCUAUAGGCCUGCAAAAUAGAAAUGAGCAUUAUUUUCAUUAUUCUCUAAAGAAAACCUUGUAGGAGUCAGAGGGCAUUUGCCAGGGAACCUGGUUUACUGUAAGGCUCACUGCCUUUCUCUGAGUCUGGAGAGAAGCAAGUAGUUGAUGCCCCCUGCUCCUGGCUCUCCCUGGUAGAGCAUUAACUCCCCACAACCCUAUUCACAGCUACAGAAAUGCCCCCUGUGGGUACUCACCAGUCAUUUCUUUCACUGUGUUCCACCAUCCCUUUUACUAAAAGCCUAGCAUAUUCAAAACCUGCCUAGCUUUCUAGAAGGAUGUAAUUUGAUCUUUCCACCCUAUUAGAAUCAUAGCUGCAAUUAUUCCAGCAUUAAUUUCUUCUAUUGAUGGAUUCAGAGAUGAUUUCCCAUAUGUUCCAGAUUAGAGUUUUAUUUUCAUCUUUUAAAUAAUAAGAGGAAACUUUCAUUUGAAAUGAGAAUUUUAAGUUGAAACAAAACUAGAGGAUUAAUUUUAGGCUCUAUUAAGUAUUAGAAAAAAAUGACUAAUUUAUAUAAGAAUAUUAAUACAUAAAGAAACCACUCAAUAAUGGCUCCCUGUUGCUUAUUACAUUGCAUCCAGACUCUCUAGCUUGGCUUUUAGGGUCUUAAUAUUAAUAACAACAGUACCACCAUGUGGAAAAUCUUACUUCCCACUGUUUUCCUUAACCCCAACAAAUGCUCUGUUCUCCAAUCUGGUUCCUCUUCCCACUGUCCUCACAAUGUGCUUUCCUCAUUUUUAUCUUCAUUACUUUCUUGGUUUUCCAUCACCCCUCACCUGAAAGGCCACCUCCUUGAUGUUAAGCAACGUGUCCUUUAAAGUACAGAGUUAAUUCCCCUUCCCCCUUGAAACUGAAUCCAUAUUGUUCUUGAAGUCAGUAUCACACAAUAUUAUCUCCAAAAAUUCCUUAUUCAGAGUCAGACGCACAACCGUUGCACAACGAGGUUCUAUAAUUCCUUAUUUGUCUUAAAUUCCCCAAAUUUCUUAAUGAGUGUUUGAUUUUUAUGCCAAAAAAAAAAAAUAGUACUGUAAGUUACUUAGAACAUGUGUUUAUUUCUUUAUGUCCUUCCCACCCUUAUAUCAAAUAUUUUUGAAUACUGAUCUCUAAGUAAACCUGGUCCAUUUCACUGUGUUCUAGUAACUAAAAUAUAAACUGCUGAUUUAUCUUUAAUCCUAUAUUUAAUAAAAGAAAUACAAGUGUAUUAUUAUAAAAAAUAAAACUGAGAGCUUGCUAAAAAUAGGAAAGUAGUCCUUAUUUUUUAAUGUUUCAUGAUAAUGAAAUACAUGAAAUUCAUACAACACUAAUUUUCUAGAAAUGUCUAUGCAUAAUAAAUUUCAAUAUGCUGUUUGGUAAUUAUACAUUGUUAAAUAUGCAAUAUAUGAAAAUGCUUUACCUUGCCUAUUUCUAAAGGUGAUAUUUUGGUUAUUAUUUAAAACAGAUAGAAAUAACAAGUAAAUCCACUUUAUCAUAUUAAAACUAAGCUAUUGGCUUCCAACUCACCUAAUGUGAAUGUACUCAUACCCCUUGCUAAUCCCAGUCCUUCUCUGUUUCACAAUUUGUGUGUGGAUAAAAAGAAGAUAAUGUUUUCAAGUAGAAAAUAACUCUACAGUGAAGUAGAAAUUGCAAUAUGUUCUUCAGUUCAAAAGAAACGGCUCUUCCUGAGAAUAUAGAAAUCACUUUGUAUAUUUUUAAAAGCUGGAGAAACAACAUUUCUAACCAGUUUCACCAAGCUCGAGCAUCUUAAAACAGGUAAUAAGGUUCACACCCGCCUCACCAUCCUAUAUAAUUAUGGUACAAGCACUAUUAGGUUGACCCAAUAUAAAAAUGCCAACUCUUUAAAACUGUACAACACUACAGCAAACACCUGACAAUCACACCAACCUUGUGAAACACACAAUAUGUUAACUCUGACUAACUGACCUGGACUCCCCUUGUUCUCCAGGGGCCUGUUUGUCAUGGUCAUUCUUUUAUCCACAAACUCAGGUUCUCAUGACAUGUCUCUAGAAAAAGGGAAAUAAAAGGUAAAUUGCAAGUUUAUAUUUUUAUCUCUUGUGUCUCUAUUUAUGCUGGUGUUUCAAAAUAUGAAACUUAAUUCAACAAUGACUUUUUGUCAUUUGCUUUUGUCAUUAAGCUUUGUUUUCUAUUUGAUCUUCCUAUUAAUCUAAAGGUUUAAAUACUAUCUAUUCUACUUGCCAUCCUUAUACAAAACUAACUCCAAUUAUAAUUGCAUGCAUACAUCAGGAAUCUUCUGCUCUUUUCCCUAUUCUCAUUAGUACACAUAUGCAGAAUAUUUGGAGGCUCAGGUUGGAUAAUAGAUUUCUAAUAUUUGUAUUUUCCAUUAAAUAAUGUCUGAACUAGAGUUGUAUAUGUAUGCUAUUAAACCUCAGCCAAAAUUUCAAUGCAUUUUCUUUCUCAAAAUCUUCCCAUUAAUUAAAAAUAAUAUAUAAGUUGUUACCCUUAGUUUUAAAAAAGAUAAGAAAAACCAGUUAAGUUUAUUUUUAAUGAUUUUAAUAUCAAUUACCCAAACUAUAGAAAAUGUUCAAACAUGGAUAUUAGUAGUCUAUGAAGUAUAAAAGUCUGCCCAGUUUGUUACUGUUGUUGAGGGUGAUAAAAAUAAAUGUAUGCUGGAAUUUGAUGUUGCUUAGCUCAAAAACACAGCAAAAUGUAAAAUAAAUGAUAUUCUUCAAAUAAUGAGUGUUGGCUUUAACUUAAUGAUUUCAAAAUUUCCUAUAGUGUGCUUUUAAGAAAAGUACAAAAUAAUAAUGAUGUGCACUAGACAUGGAUUUUAAGUGUCUGGGUGUCUUCCUAUAGUGUUUGACAAGGACUGAACUAUAAAGCGGGUCUCCCUCAUUUGACCAUGACAUCUACCAUAACUUCACCUCGGUACUUCACCUCACCUCACUAAAAUUAAAGAGUGAGCAUUCUCAUUUUAAAAAUUCAACUUAGAACAAAGGCAUUUCCUUUAUUUUCCUGACUUAAAAGAAUCAGUUAAAGUACUUACUGAAAUAUUGUUAUUAAAUAUUAAUGGUAUUCAAGUGCAAAUGUAUUUUAUUCUGAGUUCCAAUCUCACAUAAGGAUAGCUUUGAAUAUAAUCACGUUGGACUAUUAUUAAAUUUCGAGAAACAGCUUCUUUCAACUGUUCCCUCCCAAAAUAAAUCUUGAAAGAGACAAAAGGAAAAAAGUGUUGGCAUUUAAGAAGAUGAGAAGAAAAAGUUACAAUGCUGGUUAAAUAAAUAUGUUUGCACAUAUAGAGAAAAGUGUAUCUUCAUUAACUUUAAGGA